AUGUCUGGCCACGGCAACGUUCACACUAUCAAGUCUGCUGCUGAGUUCAAGGAGAAGGUCACCGACUCCAAGGACGCCAUCGUUCUCGACUGCUUCGCCGAGUGGUGCGGUCCCUGCAAGGCCAUCGCCCCCAAGGUCGCUGCCUUCAGCGAGCAAUACCCCGAGGCCAAGUUCUACAUGAUCGACGUCGACGAGCUUGCCGACGUUGCCGCUGAGCUCGGUGUCCGCGCCAUGCCCACCUUCAUGCUGUUCAAGGACGGCAAGAAGAUCAAGGACAUCGUCGGUGCCAACCCUCCCGCCCUCGAGGCUGGCAUCAAGUCUCUCAUCGCAUAG